CGUACACAGUCCAUUAGUGCGAUACGUACGUUGUCGCGCUCGUGCACGUUUGCGGUAAUAUUGCAAGGACUAGGAAACAUGGGGCAGAGGUGUGCGUUAACGUAUCUGCUGAUGAUGCUGCUGGUGGGCGCGAUCGUUACAAUCUGCGCUGAAGCCGCACCGUCAAACGAUACCGAUAGUGGCGAUAACUCGAUCGCCGAGAAUGGCACUGACGGAAUCAAACCGGAUGACGUGAAGUACGACAUCAUUCAGCUGUUCCAAUGCGUGAAGAAGACGAAGACCAUAGGGCCGAUUGUAAUACAGUUUUUGCAGAUCCUCAAUAUGAUCCUCCCCCUAGUGCCCCAUCAAUGGUCAGCACUAUGCACGUAUUAUGCGACCGUAAUGUUUUGGGAAACGUUCCUCACGGUGAAAUCGAUCCAAGCAAUCUUGAAGGAAUUUACAUUAAUGUUGAUGCCGCUUAUAGAAUUGCGCAUUUUCUCCACCUAAUAUCAGACGAAUUCAAAGGGUUCCGAUACGAUGCGCGUGCAUGACGUGUGCAGAACCGCCUACGUGGCAAGUUGUGCGUCGUCGUGUAUAUUUUGAAUGACUUAAAAAGCGAUACCGACUAAUUGUAACGAUAAGAGGAGCGAUGAGGACGAAAUACCGAAGCGAAGCGACGCGUGUGCCGAGCACGCCGGAAUCUAUUUCACUGGAAUACCGUAUUUAUAAGACGUCUACACGCGCAAUCUGUAUCUUUGUUUGUAAAAACGUCCGUUCGCGUUUUUUACGGCUGAAUAAAUAAUUCCGAAAUGCCGACUGAGCGAAACGAGCGUGGAAUUGUAACGGAACAAUAUGUUUCGCGCACACUGAGAGAAAAAUAAAGAUUUGUCAUUUGUUGACUAUAAUACCGUAA